CUGAAUAGUUUUAAUAAAACUUUCUUUGCAAAAUUUUCUGGUGAAGCGUUGCAUCCGCUUGGCGUUGGUGAUGGAGAAAGCGCAUCGCAGAAUGUAUGUCGACUGGGAAAUUAAAUAUCACGUUAAAAGUUAUCGGACCAGCAAGUUAUCCCUUGGAGAGUUUUUUAGGAAGAAAAACAUUCCUAACGCUUGUUUGAGCAGAUGGAUAUCCAAAGAGGCUUCUGAUGUAAAACGCCGUAAACGUGGUCCUGAAAAGCAUGCACAAUAUCCCGAGUUGGAGUCACGCUUACGUCAGUGGGUCGAUGAUGAACGCCAGAAAGGCUAUCCUGUUACUCGAAACGACCUACAAAUUCAAGCGCUGGAUAUCGCGAAAGAACUUGCCUUGGGCGAUUUUAAGGCGUCAAGGAGCUGGAUUGCCAAGUUUAUGUCUCGAGAAAACCUGUCCUCACGCGCCGUUACGCACACGUCACGAAAAGAAGAAUUUUCAGAAAAAGAUAUUGAAGAUCAAGAAAGAUUUUUUAAUGAACUCGUUGAAAUUGUGGAUAUCCAGGAAAGUCCGCCAAAAGAUAUUCUGAACUUCGACCAAACAAACGUCAAAUACGUUCCUUCUAAAAUAAGAACGAUCAACGAAACUGGAGCGAAACAAGUUUAAGUCACGGCAUCUGCAGAGAAAGAGGGCUUCACAAUCAGUCUGACGAUCUCUGGAAAUGGAGAGAAACUGCCCGCAGUUAUCGUUUUCAAAGGCAACCCAAAAACCGGAGUUCUGUCAGAAAGGAUAAUGAAGCAGUUGGUCACACUCGUAAAUGUGCGAGUGAUGAGCUCAAAGUCUUCUUGGUGGAAUGAGCAGCUAGAUCAUAAAUGGAUCAGA